AUGGCUCCGGAUCCCUCUGCACAACAGGGCGCCGGCGACAAUGUCCCUCCUGAGGCUGCGCCAGGUUCAACACAGUCUCCCCUAGGUUGGGCUGACGAACCCAUGACCAACCCAGCUGCGACGUCAUGGGCACCCGCAGCCGGUGGCCCAAGUCUGGCUGAUAAUGAGAGAGCCUACCAAGAAGCCAUCAGACUGUCGCUUCAGGAUGCAAAGAAAACCCCGUCUGCUCUCAAGCCUGAUGUACCGGAUGACCUGGUUUUCAGCCUCAACAACCAACUCGAUGUCUUGGACGACCAGGAUGGCGACACUGUCAUUUUCAUCGGCGCACCACCGCAGAUGCCAGAGCAGAGUGACAAAGAGUACGAAUAUGUCAGAGCCCACUUUGAACGGGUUCAUGUGGUCAAAAGCACGACCCUCAAACUUAUGGGCAAGCAUUCCAAAUUCACUGCCGAUGAUCUUUUUGGGCCCAAAUCUGUUCGUGUGGAGAGAAAGCUGCGAAAGCUAGGUGUGCUCACUGCGCUGGAGAGAAAGAAGGGUCGAAAAUUCAAGUACCAUAUUGACCUCCGCCCUGCCGACGAAGAUGAAGAGGCCAUUGUCUUGCUUACAGAGUUGACAUGCACAAAAGGUGUGCUUACUUGGCAUCAAGCUGCGAAGGAAUACGCUGUCUCGCCACACCUUGUUCUUGGCCAUGACAGCUACGGUGUGCCGUCCCUGUCAACAGAUCCCAAUGACACCUCUACCGAGAAUGAGAAGGUCUCUGGCGCAAAAGACGCGGAAACACAGGAUAAAGAUGCAGACCGUCCAGCCUCGCCAGUACUUGCACCAGAGUACUCCCCUGUCCGUCAUCGCGCUGCUAUUGAACGUGUCCUUCACGCCAUUUGCGGAAAUGAUCCCAAACUCGACUCUGCGCCAAAAGUCUGGACUUACUUUGGUGUCGCAAAAUAUCUUGGCUGUGCCCAGCAUGAGCGCGUUUCUGGUUGGAUCACAGCCUGGAUCUACGAUGAGAGAAACGUGAACUUCAUUCAAAGCAAUCCUGAAGUGGCAUACCGCAUCGGUAUGGGCAUCAGAUCGCCUAUCCUUGUUCAAGAUGCAUUUUCGAUUCUUGUCGGGGAGAAAGCCCUGAUCAACGUGUAUGGAGAACAUGAUCCAAAAAUUCUUUCCCCUCUGGUGAAGAGCGUCCAAGGUCGGAAGCUUGAGUUGCUGGAUGACGACGAGCGCAAUCGCAUUGAUCAUGCGGCGGCUGCAUUCGUCAUUCGGAUUCGGGGGUUUGUCAACUACAUCUGCAAAGACAUGGGUUGGCUGCGAAAGAGCCGGUACUUUGCAAUCCUGGACGACGCCGUCGGCAAAACCCCCGAGGACGUUGCAUUGCUGGACUCGACCAAACUUCUUGUCAAGGAGUACAUCCGAUCCAGAAUCUACUAUGUUCUCUGCCAGGACCAGCCCGUCUUCCCUGAACUCAAGGGCCAUCAUGCAUCUUCCGCAUCUGCUGUCCGCCCAGUCAAAGGCAUGCCAUCCAACGUUGUCUACAACCCCCUUCAACCACCCAUCAAAUGGUUCACGAAGACCCUCUGGAUUGCAUUGCAACGCACUGACCUUGGGGUUGGCUUCGAAAAUACCAAUAAUGUUGGUACGACGGGCGCUAAGGCCAACGUUCGCCGCUUGGAUGCAUUCCGCAAACUCUACCGCAUCAACCCUGAGGAUGGUAUUCGGACCAUCAGUCGUGAAGACGUCCUCGACAGAGUCAAAGAGGUCAAUCGUGUUCUUCGUCGUGGAACCCCCCAUGCCCAAAUGCCUGCGAGACCGUACAAUGUCCCUGGUAGCUUUGACGACCACCCGAGUGACCAGACUAGUGGCUUGCCUUCAUUCGACCGCUCGACUGAAGUCUGGGAUGACUGGAGCACUGCAAGCCCAAUGCCUCACAACAAAUGGAACAACUAUGACCCAAGCACCACUCCCCCACAUCACUGGCGUCCCCAUCCAGGUAUGGUGAACAUGGCCGACAUCACGCCCAUCAAUCCGACAAACUUGCUCCACCAGCUCACUGACGAGUUCGCCGCCAUGUGUUCUGGUAUCUUGUAUCCGACCCACUUGUUCCACGAGACAGGUCUCCUUCCGACGGGCUUGUUCGAUAAUCUAGUCUGUCUGGACACCAACGAGUUUCGAUACCUGCCACUCUGGAUGCCUGAAGGUCUGGACGACGGCACUGGUGGCGUGUUUGACGAAUGUCCUGUUCCAAACAUGGAUGACCCUGACAUUGACAGUGGUAGCAAUUCUGAGUUGGCAAUAAAGACUAGUCUGUACAACAAAGGCAGGAAGCAAGACAAAGGUAAAGGUCGCAGCGGUUACCAUACGAACUCUGAAGACUCCUUUUCCGACAUCGCAAGCCAGGCAAUCAGCACCGUCGGCAAAGCCAGCAAAGUCGCCACAGACGGCACUGAGACUGUCAAGAGUUUGUCGACUACUAGUACCGCAAGUGUCGGGGUUGGCGGAGCUGGUCCAUCUAAUACUACGAAUGUCACCACUGCCCCUAACCACCACACCUACUGGCACAGCGGCAGAACCGUCUCCCAUGAUAACGUGAAUCGACCGACUCUCUCAGAUUCCGACGGUGGUGCUGCUGAUUCCGAUAGUCAUUCUUCCGACAGCGACACUCAACAUGGCGUCAGUCUUCUGGCUUCGAGCUCUUAUGAUCUUAUUGACUUUGGCGACGCACCUACUGCAACAACAACUACCGCAGCAGCAAGCACAGCAGCUAUUGCAGCGACUGCCAGUAUCACAACAGCUAUGGCAACUACAUCGCUGAACGACCAGCAAGCCCAGAACGACGGUCACAAUGACAAUGAUGAUGAAGACAAAGACCAUGAUUUUGGAAAUGAGGAUAAUAACGAAGGAUUUGACGAGAAUGAGGACUACGAUAAUGAUGAUGGGACUGAGGGUGGGGAUAAAGCAUGA